AUGGCCUUUGUCCAAGCGCGCCGAACGCUUCAGGGCCUGGGUCGGAUCGCAGCUCUGCGGGCACGUGGGCCUGGAAGGCUGCCCUGGCGGAGGCUGGCUUCAGGAACAGUGGAGCAGCUGAGGCAAAGCCUCGUUCUUCACCCAGCCGUGUCUCAAUGCGUGUUCAUUGAGAAUGUGGCAUAUGUGGUGAGGAAGGUGUCUGCAAAUCCACAGGCCGAGAUUCUGGACAGCAGCGUGCACGAUUGGGAGCUCGAGAAGCAGUUGGUGCUCAAGGCUACGGACUGGUCCAUCUCACAGGAGUGCGUGCCGCAAGUCCGGGUGUUGGACCAGCUCCCGGGCGCAAACUUGGCCAGCACUGCCGUGCCCUUCUCCCUCCUGCACAUGCUGCACGUGCUGUUUCAGGAGGUGGACGAAAGCCGCAAUGGUCAGAUCUCCUUCUCCGAGUUUCUGGCUUUCUGCAAGACCACCAAGCUUUUCGACACGGCCGAUAAGGCGAGCGAGGUCUUCUUUAGCAAGCGCUCCGUUCCCACAGCGAGCGAGCUCCUGUUCAGCGAGAACGAUUUUUUCGCGUUGAGCAACUCAGAGAGUCACAUCAUGAAGUUCAGCGAGUUUCAGCAGUUGAUGCUGGACGCCGGCGUCGUAGACGUGAUCCCUCGCACACCGGGUCAAGACCCGCACGGUGCGCCCUUGGUCUCCUUCUUCGUGGAUGAGAGGAUCGUGGAUCUCAUCCUCCACCACUGGUUUGCAACCUACGACUCCGAUUCAGACGGCGUCCUGCAACUGGAGGACUAUGCUCGCCUUGUCGCUGACUACCAGCUGCCCCUCACGGCCUCUGAUGAAGUCUACACCCAUGCCACCCACAAGCAUUCUGGGGGACUUGACAUUCUCGACUUCCGGUCUUUGCUGGAGAAGUCGAGUGCCCUAGCUACAGGCACUCCCAUCGAAAAGGAUGACGAGAUGGGCAGGUUGUGGCGAACAGUUGAGCCUUCCCAAGAGUUUGCACCGCCAAGUCGGGUCUUCGUUGCCGAUGGCCGAACGGGAUCUUCGCCGCCCCUUCUCCAGGGUCACUUGCGCUUCGUGUGCCUUUCCGACACGCACGGCCAGCAUCGUGAGCUGUCUUCGCGGCUACCUCCCGGUGAUGUCCUUCUGCAUGCAGGUGAUUUCUCGAACGAAGGAGGCUUGGAAGAGGUCUUGGAUUUUGCCGCGUGGAUACGAUCCCUGCCUUACACUCACAAGCUCUUGAUUGCCGGCAACCACGACCUACCGCUUGACAAGUCCUAUCACGGGAGCAAGGUCCAGAAGAAGGUUCGGGCCAGCGACGUGCGCUCGGCCUUUAUGGCCGCCCUGGAAGAGGGCGAUGAUGGAGUCACGUACUUGGAAGAUGAGGAGAUUGAGAUAGGUGGCAUCCGAGUGUACGGCACGCCCUGGCAGCCAGAAUUUAUGGAUUGGGCCUUCAACUUGCCACGGCACGAGAUCGGCAAAAAGUGGAAGGCGGUGCCAACUGGGAUAGACGUCUUGCUGGUUCACGGUCCACCACUGGGUCGUGGUGAUGCUCUUCUGCCUUCGCUCAAGCGUCGGGGCUGUGCCGACCUCCUGACCGAAGUGCAGGAUCGCAUUCGGCCUCAGUUCUGCGUCUUUGGCCACAUCCACGAGGGUGCGGGUGUCACCUUUGAUGGAACCACACACUUCGUGAAUGCCUCCUCGAUGAACGAGCACUACCAGUGCAUCCACGCCCCGCUGGUCUUCGACAUCCGCACGACUUCAAGUGACGGGCUGAGAUAG